ACUAACCCGGAAGCAGUUUUUAGUUUUACUGCAUUUGCAAAAAGUUGUGUUAUUUUAGUUAUCAAAAUAAUCUCAAACAUCGGGGUGUCCUGUUUUUCCUUUCAUUUCUUAGUAUUUUUCUGGUUAAAAUGACUUUUUUAAAAUUGACUUUUCUAAAAUGCUAUAUUUUGUCACUUCAAGAUUCGUGUGUUUCGUACCCAUGUUGUCAAAACUGUGCAUCCAAAUUACACAGAAACCAGACGGAGCAAAGAUACAGAUGCCCAAAAUGUGGAUUUGCAUGUGAGAUCAAAAAUGUCAGUCACAGAUAUAAGUUAUCACUUAAAGUUGCAAGAGACUGUGACAUAUUUGGAUUGACUCUUUUUGGUAGCUGUUUAAAUCCUCACUUUGGUGCUUCUGCAGUUUGUCUGCAAAGACUCGUGGAGGAAUCAAAGGCAGAAUGUUCACAAACUGAUGUGCAACAAUUACUUACCAAGGCAGUGGAUGACUGCUUUGUGGGAAGGUGCUUUUUAUUUGGCAUAAAGAUGCCUGACUUUGACGUAGAUGGAUCCACUUCUACUAGUAAUAGCUUUUCUUCCUCAUUGAAAAGAAUAAAGAUCUCUGGAAGCUUCAUUGCCAGCCGAAUGAUUUUGCCAAAUUCAGCUGUUAUCAGUUGCCCUGUUGUAACCUAUUUUAAGAAGCUUCUUCAGGCAGCUCACCUUUCAGAAUUCAGUGUCUCACAGCAACCUAGGAAAUUAUUAGAUACCCAACAACAUGAUAAUAGUACAAUCCUUAAUAGCUGUGAAUGUACUUUGGCCUCACAUGGAGGAUCACACUCACAGCGCACCAGUGGAACCCACGAUGACCCAGGAUAUUUCCAGCAGUCACUUGGAAUAAUAACAUUUUUUACAGAACGUUCUUACUCUGAGCCAAAUGGAAGUGCUGUGGUUGAUUCACCUAAACAAAGAACAGAAGAGCAAUCCAGCACUGAAAUGCCUAAUCCAUUUUGUUCUUGCUUCUGUUCCUCAGACACGCAGGGGAAAUGUACACGUAAAGAGACAUUAUGCAACUGUAACUUUGCAGUUUUGAAAGAGGAUGGUAAUGUAUCAGUUUUUUUAUGGGAGGAUAAAUCUUUCUCAGAUGUCUCGGGUGAAUUUAUUUCUAAAGCAGGCAGGAGUUCAGAAGCAUUGACUGAAAACAAUGUCUGUGCUUUAGACAAAGAAGAUGCUAAGCUAACGAGUACAAUUCAUGUUUGUGAAUUGCAUGUGCCAGCAGUGUCUCACAAUGAAAAUCCUUCAGAUUACUCAUGUAAUUCGAAAUGUGAUGUUUUGUCCAACAGUAAAGAGAAUAUAAGUAAAGAGUCUAUUGAUAAAGUGAAGUCACUAAUUCAGCAUUCAUCACUAACCCAAGAGAGGAACAAAAAUGAGUUGACAAGCAUGCCAAAUGCUCAGGCAGAGAAGAGUGUUGCACAUCUUAGUUACUGGGAUACAUUUGAGAGUGAAUAUAUAAGUAAUGUUAAAGAUUACACUGACAAGUCCACUAAUAUGGAUGACAGAGCAAAAAGACAGACCAAUUAUUUUACUAGUAAUUGCUCAAUUCAAAAAGAACCAGACUGUAACAAUUUCACUAUCUGUGACUGGAAAUGCAAAACAGAAGUGAGUCAACAAAGAAGCAUCUCUUGGCUUGAAGACGUUCCUAAUUUCUCACUUGACCUGUUUACUGGCUAUGAAGAGAGCCACGUUCAUGGAGGGGAACAAAGCAAAGGGGAAAGCUGCAGGAAUUGCCUAUUUGUGAAACACAGCUGUAAUGGAACUUUAAGGGAAAAUCCAAUGAAAAUGAAACACAACUGCAAUUCGAGUGUAUCUGAGCCAGACUUAUCAAACUCACUCGAGUUUGUUCCUUUUUAUCAAUCAACCCCUAUUUCAAAGAAUCCUCAAUUUCCAAAGACUAUUCAGUAUAAGAACAAAAACCAGGUGCAAAGAGACCAUCUAUUGACCAAAUUCCACCUGAAGAGGCAUUAUGAUGAUUGUAAAACACAGGACACAGAUAAACUUCUAAGUACACCGACAAGUGACUCUCAGAAUCUCCUUCCCCCCUCCAUGCACAAGAUUCCACAUUUGUCUGUACAUGAGAGGUUAAUGGGAGGCAUAAAAUGUGCAUGUAGCCAUGAGAAUGGCUACACAAGAGUGCAUCUGAGAAAUCUGGAUGGGAAUUAUCAAGGAAAAUCCGACCCUGCUCACAAAAAGAUGAAUAAGACUGAAGCAAAAUCAAACCAUUCACAUUCUCUCUCAAGGUCAGAGAAGUGGGAUUGUUCAGAGACUGUAAAUGUGAAAAGAUCCCAUGAAUGCACCAAUCUUAAGCAUACUCCAUAUACUGCUGAUAUUUCCAGCUUCACUGCUGAGAAUAGCAGUAUGUUAUGUAACUGGUCUGCAGACCUUUUUGCUGACUGAUGUAAAAUUUGCUUACCCUGUGAAACAAUACAUUAGGCCAUAAUGGUAUGCUUGUAAGCUAUCAUGUAAAGUACAUCAUAAUGUGCCUCUUUUGCCAGUAAUAUGCUGCGUGAUGUUUGUAAGAACUCAUUUUUACAUAGUGAUCAUAUUAUUUAAAAUGGUUCCAAUUCCCUACUAAUUUAUAAUUUUACUAGGUAAUGCACAAGGAUUUUUUAAAAACUUACAUUUUCUUACUUAUAAAGAAAAAGAUUAUAGAUUAUUUGAAUGUUGAUUGGCUAAAUAUGUAAAUUAAGUGUUUGAGUUAAUACAUUUUCAGCUGACCUGAGAACAUUUACAUAUUAUUACUCGUAUCAGUUAAUACACACUUGACCCAUAGAUUUGUUCUCAAUUUCUAAGCAAUUAGACUAUCUGCUGCACUUGGUGAACUGACAGCAAAAUUGGAGCUUCUUCGGUCCUGCUAGUGUGAGUACUGUCAUUCUUUGUGGAUGUUAUUUUUGCUCUACAUGUAGAGAAAUCUCUUGUGUACGUACUUAUGUUUUAUAUUGAAAGAUGAUAAAAUCUACCUUCUUCGAUUUAA